UCUACUCAUGAAGAAACGUCAAGCAUUUCCUUCAAAACGUCUCUGUUUAUUUCGCACAGUCACUGAAGAAGAAGAAACUGAGCAUUCAUCAACGAACAGAUCGGUGAAAUAUCAUUUGUGGUUCCGUGUAAUUUACAGCAACAAACAUGCUUGGAAUCGAGAAUUUCCCCGAGUACGAAGUGCCUGGAGCACGUAAGGUGCAGUUUUAUCCGUACGAAUCUAACGGCGGGAGUGUUGUAGCCAUAGCCGGCGAGGAUUUUGCCGUCAUUGGUGCGGACACUCGGCUCAGUUCCGGCUACUCGAUUCAUACGCGUACGCAAAACAAACUGUUCCGUCUGUCGGACAAAACCGUGCUGGCGUCCACCGGUUGCUGGUGCGACACGCUCGCACUGACCAGCUUGGUGAAGGUGCGGAUGCAAAUGUACAAGGAUCAGCAUCAGAAGAACAUGUCCACACCGGCCGUUGCCCAGAUGCUGUCGAUUCUGAUGUACAACCGUCGGUUCUUCCCGUACUACGUGUCGAACGUGCUGGCUGGAUUGGACCAGGACGGUAAAGGUGUCGUCUACAGCUACGAUCCGAUCGGCCACUGUGAAAUGACAACGUACCGGGCGGGCGGAUCAGCCGGACCAUUGUUGCAACCGGUGCUGGACAAUCAAAUCGGCCAGAAGAACAUGCUGAACGCGGAUCCGGAACCGGUCAAAAUGGAGAAAGCCAUCUCGAUCAUCAAGGACACGUUUAUUUCAGCCACGGAGCGUGAUAUUUACACGGGUGAUUCCGUUAUCAUCAACAUUAUUACUAAGGAUGGCAUCAAGGAAGAGACUCUGCACCUCCGAAAGGAUUAGAGCGUUGAUUGGCUUGGUCAAUAAAGGGAGUUUCAAUUCUUUUCGAUGAAUAAACAUGUAAAAUUCAUCUUUCUCUUCAAA